GUAUGAAAUGCCACUGUAUAGUCUCGUACCAGCUCGUACCUAUAUAAUCUUAUACAUCCGAUUAUUUACGUUAGGUUGAGUUUUGUGGCCAGAAGAUCAAAUUCUCCUGCUGGAAGUUUUGUACCUCCUAUUUUACGUACUUCAUCUCGAAAUAAUCAGAAUAACCAGAAAAUUCAAAAUAAAAACAAAAACCAGUCAAGGAAAACAAUCGCCGAGCUGAAAGACAUGUCUACCAAAUCAUAUCUUCAUUUCAUCACUUUUAUUGGUUUUCUCAGCAUCUCAGUUCAUGGAUUCUAUGAGAACCAUUCCGAAACGCAUUCCAUAAGUGAAUGUAGGCCUACUGCUUAUCCUAAAAACACAUCUGAUUCCCUAUCAGAAUCUUUCGUCGAGUUAUUUAAACAAACAUCGGUUGUACAAGUUCAGUUGGCUAUCAAGAUGAGCGAGAUGGAAAAACGAGACAUUGAAUUGAAUCUGAAAGAAAAAGAGGCUGAAAAACAAAAGGAUGUAAUUAAAAGCCUAGAGGAGCUACUCAAGCAAAAGGAAGAAUGCAUCAAUAAAACUGCUGAAACUCUCAAUGAAACUGACUCCCAAGUAAAACUUAGAGAGGCAGAGGUAAAACAAAAAGAAGACAUAAUCAACAAAAAAGAAACUGAAGUCAAUUAUAACGAAUACUUGUUAAAAAAACGAGAAGCAGAAGUAAAUCAAAAGGAACACACAAUUAACAAAAAAGAAACUGAAGUCAAAAACAACGAAGAAUUAUUAAAAACACGAGAAAACCAGUUGAAUGAAAAAGAAAACGAAUUGGAAAAAUCGAAUGCAGAUGUGAGGAAGCGAAUAGCGCAAUUGAAACAGAAUGAAGAAAAUAUUGAGAAAACUGAAACUGAAAUCAAAAAGAGAGAAGAAAUUUUGAAAAAACAAGAAGAAAAAUUGAAGCAAAUAGAAAAUAAAAUCUGUUCAGUUUCUUGGGUUCGUACAUCUGAUGGUAAUAAACCUGCAAAUGCACUUGUAGGAGGACGAGGAGCAUCAGGUACAUUGUAUAUUGGGCGAGCACACCAUAACGGUUCCCUGAUUCCUGGAUGGGCAUAUCUCGGGUCUAACAUAUAUAUUACAGAUUAUGGCCAUGCAUAUUCGUACAACACUGACAAUUAUGAAGUUGCUACAUUUGAUAAAAAUAAUAUCUGUCGAGUCAUUUGGGUCAAGGCAUCCAAUGGUAGUGUCCCUACAAACGCAAUUGUAGGAGGAUAUGACAGUCAUGGAGAAAACUUAUACAUCGGAAGAGCAAUUCACGGGGAUAAUUUAUAUGUGGGAAAAGUACAACCCAGUCUUCAUUGCUUGUUCAUUCCAUCUUAUGACGUUGUAUAUCGUUACACCGAGUAUGAAGUUGCGGUAAUCGAAUUAUAUGGCGAAAACCAGAAAAUUGAUAACAAAAACAAAGACCAGUCAAUGAAAACAAUCACCAAGCUGAAAAACAUGCAUUCCAAAUCAUAUCUUCAUUUCACCAUUUUUACGGUGUUUCUGAGUAUCUCCGUUCAAGGAUUCCGUGAGGCCACUUCUAAUACCCAUUCCAUAAGUGAAUCAAUUAGGCAUACUGCUCUUCCUAAAAACACAUCUGAUUCCCUAUCAGAAUCUUUUGUCGAAUUAUUUAAACAAAUAUCGGCUGUACAAGUUCAGUUGGCAAUCAAGAUGAACGAGAUGGAAAAACGAGACAUCGAAUUGAGUCUGAAAGAAAAAGAGGCUGAAAAACAAAAGAAUGGAAUAAAAAAGCUAGAGGAGCUACUCAAGCAAAAGGAAGAAUACAUCAAUAAAACAGAAGCAGAACUUGGAAAUAAAGAAGGAAAAAUCGAAUUGAGAGAAACCCAAGUUCAGAAAGAAGAACAAAGCGUAGAUCAGGCAGAAAACGAAAUUAAAAUCAAAGUGAAAUCAAUCAAAGAACAAGAAGAACAUGUCAAACAGAGGGAAGAAAAUAUUACAAAAUUUGAAAUCGAAAUCAAAAAAAGAGAAGAAAUCUUGAAGCAGAAAGAAAAUAAAACUUGUUCAGUUUCUUGGGUUCGUACAUUUAAUGGUAAUGUACCUGCAAAUGCAAUUUUAGGAGGACAAGAAGGAACAGACACAUUCUAUGUUGGACGGGCAAACCAUAGCAAUUUCCGGAUUAUUGGAAAAGUACUUCCCAGGCUACAGUCGAUAUACAUUCCACUCUAUGGCAAAGAAUAUGGGUACAAAGACUACGAAGUUGCUGUAAUAAAUCCACCCAUCUGAAAUGUCUGUUACUUAAAUAUGUAUUAUGUAUACGAUUAUGUGGGCAUAGAAAGAUGCAUCAACUUUCCACAUAGUAGAAAUAUUCCAUCGCUAUACCGAUGAUGAUUCGCAUGUUUCCUAUUCAUACGAUGGGUGGUUAUUGUGAUAAAAAAAAUACAAAUAAAAAUAGGCUUCAAGAUUA